AUGAGGACUUGUAAUGGAACUGAGGUGGAGUCUAAGGCACAGAUGGACCCACACCUAUAUCACAUCAUCAACCUGACCACCGUGUGUCUGACCUGUGUGGCCAACAUUCUCCUGAGCAUCCCAUUGUUGGUGGCCAUGAGCCGGUCUCCCUCCCUCCUCUGCAAGUCCCGCUUCCUCUUCCUCUUCCACCUGCUCUGCUGUGACAACCUGCAGCUGGUGAUCCUGCUUGCCCAAGCCGCUCUCCUCGCCUCCCACUUCGCCAUGUCAGUGACCCAUUGUGUGGUCUUCUGGGCCACCAACCAGUUCUUGGGCAUGGUGGCUGUCCUCCUUAGAGCCACCCUGUCGGUGGACCGUUGCGUGGCCAUCAAGCUGCCCCUGCGCUACGACAUGCUGCUAACCCCCAGAUGGCAGCGGAUGGCAGUGGCGCUCAUCUGGGCGGUGUCCCUGCUGGUGAGCGCGGUGGCCCUGUGCAUGGUGCUGAGCCGUGUGCAGGUGAACGCUGCACUCCCGCUCUGCAUCAUUUACAUGAUGAUACCCUGCCUGUCGGACCUUCAGCCCGUGGCCAUUUUCAGCAUGGUGGUGACCGCCAUGGUGCUACCCGUCUGCUUUAUCACCAUCCUGGGCUGCUUUGUGCUGCUCUGCUGGGACAUGCAGGGACAGCUCUGCUCUCAGCGCCGGGCCGGGGUCACGCUGGCCAUGCAGGCCGUGCAGAUGUUAAUCUAUGCCGUGGCGCUGAGCAGCAGCUUUGUCCCUGCCGAAGUGCACAGUGAGCAGCUAGACCUGGCCAUCAACACCAUAUACAUCGUGGGCAUCUCGCUCAUUUCACUGGUGUAUGGGUACCGCUCUCGGGAGCUGCAGAGCAGACUGCUCAAACGCCCUGUUUGCAGCCAAGUCAGCACCAGCCAGUGA